AUGAAGGAGUCUUUCCCGAUUGAAGUGGCCGAUUACGCGAUAAGCAAGGGCAUCCAAGACAAACCCGCUUUUGCAUGGUGGAUCCCCCACAAUGUUCGAAAGCGAAAGCGAUUCCUUGGCAAAGUAAAAUCGAAGUACUGGGAACGUACUUCCGAAGGAAAGCGAGUGCUAAACGGAUUGGACUUGCAAUGCGCGGAUAUUCAAAACGCAUUCCUCACUGCACCAGCAAUCGAAAAGUGCUACCUGGUAGCAGGACCCGAGUUUGGUGAAGAAGAAGGCAAAGUAUUUAUCGUAAGAAGAGCAUUAUAUGGCUUAAAAAGUUCAUCCCUGGCGGAGACUUUGGAGGAUUUGGGCUUCAGCUCGUCAACUGCCGACCCAGACGUUUGGAUGCGAGCGGCAGUGAAACCUGACGGCGAGGAAUACUACGUAUACACCCUUUGCUACGUCGACGACAUCCUCUGUAUAUCGAUGAAAGCCAAAGAAGUGAUGGAAGGAAUUGGAAGGAUAUUCAAGUUCAAGAAAGGGAAGAUUGAACCUCCAAAAAGCUACCUGGGAGCUAGGUUACAAAAGAAGACUUUGGAUGGACACAACAUGUGGACGAUGUCAAGUUAUGACUACGUCGUGGCAGCAGUCAAAAACGUCAAGGAAACAUUAAAGGACAGCCCAAAAUGGAAAAUACCCAAGAAUGCACCAACGCCGAUGACUAGUGCCGAUGAACCGGAGAUGGAUGGAUCAAGCAAAUUAGGACAAGAAGACCAUACCUACUUCUAA